CCUAUACUCAUCUCUCACUCUCCCAAAAUAUUCCAUUCCAAAACACAACGUUAAUUUGUUCUUCAAUUUCCUCGUUUCUAGACUUCUACUAGUAGUAUCUGUGUGCACGUAAAAAGCCUUAACAAACCAAAACCUUAUAGCAAAAAAGACCAAAUGGAAGAAACAAUGAGGAGAUUCAAUGGUCUAGUCGAUUCCUCUAAUUUUAGUGUUUCCAAGAGAUGCGAUGGCCUCACCCUCUCCGCCACAACCGCAUCCGGAGCUGCCACCAGGGCCGCCGCCGCUGAUUCCGCCGGAGCCCCCAAAAUAAAGUACCGGGGUGUGCGCCGCCGCCCGUGGGGACGCUACGCGGCUGAGAUCAGGGACCCGCUGUCCAAGGAGAGGAGGUGGCUGGGCACUUUUGACACCGCCGAGGAAGCCGCCUGCGCUUAUGACUGCGCCGCCAGGGCCAUGCGCGGGGCCAAGGCGAGGACCAACUUUGUUUACCCGCCGCCGCUCCCCGCCGGUUGCGCCGACGGGUUCAGCCUUCCUCUCUGCUCCGGCCGCAGCAAGACCCAGCAGAUUUCUCUCAAGGAUUUGCCGACCAAGCAGUUCUUUCAGUCAACUUUCUCAUCAAACGCUGCAUACAAUAACCUUUCAUCGACGAGGAAGAUGGUGAGCAAAUCUCUGAACUCUCUUCUCGGAAACGAUUAUCUCAGCUCAUCAUCGACGGCGACAACUCCGAGCAUCAACUGCUACCAAACCACCGCCGGCGAAACAAUGGGCCAUCCGUUUAACCGAGAGCCGGUAAAAGAUGCCAGCUUUAACAUGGAAUGGACAGGAAUGGACUUCUUUCCGGCAGAGCCCUCGGAUUCCGGCUUGCUCGAGGAGGUGCUGAACGGGUUCUUCCCAAAACCCACGCCGGCAAAAUAUGACCCAUCACCGGCCGGCGGUUCUUUCGGCGGCGACGAGAAACCUAACAGCAAGUUCGGAGUAUUUCAAGGGCAAUUUGGGUGUUCCGGUGGUGGGUUGGAUGAUUCGCCGCAGCAGCCGGUGUCGUUUCAGUUCCAUAAUGACUUCCCGGCGAACUUUCAGGUGUCGCCGGAGACAAUGUUGGGGGACAUGCUUUACCAGUACCAGCAGGACCCUGCAUUAAGUGUGUUUCAUUAUUGCUAAUUUGGGAGUAAUUAAUUAAGCUAGGUUCAAAAAUCCUGCAUGAUAUGUUAGCUAUCUAGGUAGCUGAUAGCUUCUUAAACAACUUUAUUUUCUUCGGACUAGUUCAAUUCGUAAGGAGACAGCAUGAUGGCUUCUAGUAAAGUUCAGUUUCGUCUUUAAUUUGCUGUUCAGUAAUAAGGAGUAAAUUAAAGUAUCCAAACUGACAACUACUGUAUUCAGGACUGUAGCGAGCCGAGUAUGUAUGUUCUUUAUUAUUCCAUAUUACUCCCUCCGUCCCGUUGGGAUGUUCCCGGUUUGAUCUACACACAUAUUAAGAAAAUAAACUUAUCAGAUG